CAGAGAAGAGAUAAUGGUGAGAGGGGCCAGAAGGGGGAGUGAGAGCCAGACCUUGCAGUUGUAAGGGAUGGAGAUGGAUUGGAUGUCAUUGUCCUUGCAGUCUCAUACCACCCAGAACGUAGACACCAGCAGGGGAAGGCAGAGAGAAGCAUCCGGUAGCACGGGGCAGAUGGGGCAGGGCACCCAGCACUGCCCCCUGAGGACGGCUGCCCCCUCUGAGACGGCUUCUUCAGGUCUGAGGAGGAAAUGGAAGUGUGUGCUCAGCCAGUCCCGUCCCAGCUACCUGUGAGCUUCAAGGAUGUGGUGGUGAGCUUCACACGUGAGGAGUGGGGACAGCUGGACCUGGUCCAGAGGACACUGUACCGCGACGUGACUCUGGAGACAUGUGACCACCUUGUCUCUCUGGGACUUCUGCUCCCCACUGUGGAUGUGAUCUCCUGCCUGGAGCGAGGUGCUGGUCCAUGGAGGGCGGAGCAGGAACUGCCUCCCGGAGAGUGGAAGACUUCACUUGCAAAGAAAGAGUCCAGUUCUGAAGAGGAUAUUGGUGUGGAAGAACCAUCCUUCCACGUGGAAAUGAAACGCUGUGUAGAGGGCCCCUGGUCUGUGUCAGUAGGAAAAACACAGGAUUGGAGGGACCAGCCAGAGGGGCACCAGGAGGAAUCUUUGAGUCAGAUCGCACCUACCUCGGGGGAGCAUGUGUUUGCUAAAGUGGAACAUUGUGAGCAUGACCUUGGCGGAAGUUAUCUGAGUGAAAGCCUUCUACCUCUGACAUUACCUGCAAGAACACGUUUGCACAAGCUUGACUCACAGUUUCAAGAGUUGAAACAGAAUUCAGUUUUCGUUAAUCAUCAGAAAGGUGGUGCCCAUCUGCAGCCCUGUGGAAAUCUUGAAAGUGCCAGGGCCUUCUCUCAGAGCAUUCACUUGAAUAAACUUAUAAAUGUUAAAAUGGGAAAUAAUAAGCCUUAUGAUUAUACUAUCGACAGUGACUCUUCCCACUAUGGCACAUCUGUGCGUUUCCAUAAUAGAAGUUUUUCAGUAGAGAACAGAGAUGAUUGUAAGGAAAAUGGAAAUGUUAAGCACAGCAUGUCCCUGAAUGAAAACAAGCCAGUGCAUUUUGGAGAAAGUCAGUACACAUGUGACAAACGCGUUGUACAAAUUGAAAUGAUGGUCGGUGAUCCUGGAUGUGAGGAGGACUAUGGUGCCUUCUGCACGGCCUCAUCUGUUCAUGAAGGUGACAUCAUCCAGACCAGAAAGAAGCCACAUGCAUGUAAUCUAGGUGGAAAAUCCCGCAGCUGUUGCUCUGAGCUUGCAUACCAGAGGACACACACUGGACAGAAGCCAUAUGCCUGCAGUCACUGUGAAAAAGCUUUCAAAUGGAGAUAUCUCCUCGUUGCACAUCAGAGAACGCACACUGGAGAGAAGCCUUAUCAGUGUCACCUGUGUGUUAAAACCUUUAGUGGUCAGUCAGCACUUAUAAAACACAAGAGAACCCACACAGGUGAGAAACACCAUAAUUGUAAUGAUUGUGAAAAGUUCUUUAACCGGCAGCGUCACCUUACUAGGCAUCAGAGAAUUCAUAGUGGAGGGAAACCGUACUUGUGUACUCACUGUGGAAACUCCUUCAGCCGUAGCUCUGACUUUGUUGCACAUAAAAGGAUUCACAGUGGAGAGAAACCAUACGAGUGUAACCACUGUGGGAAAUCUUUUUGGGAGCGAAAACAACUUCGUGCGCAUCUGCGAACUCAUGCUGGAGAGAAGGAAUUUUAUGAAUGCAAUCAUUGUGGGAAAGUUUUCAAAUGGAGGUCUCACCUCAUUCUGCAUCAGAGAACACACACUGGAGAAAAGCCUUAUGAGUGUAUUGACUGCGGGAAAGCCUUCAGUGAUGGGUCAUCUCUUAGAAAACAUGAGAGAACACACACUGGCGAGAAACCCUACCACUGCGACCAGUGUGGCAAAUCUUUUCGGCAACAGUCACAGCUUGUCGUGCACAAGCGAACCCAUACUGGAGAGAAACCUUAUGAAUGCAGUCAUUGUGGGAAAGCUUUCUGCCAGAGAUCUGGCCUCAUUGUUCAUCAGAGAACACACACUGGAGAGAAGCCCUAUAAGUGUAAAAUUUGUGUUAAAGCCUUCAGCCAGAGAUAUCUCCUCAUUGUGCAUCAGAGAACACACACUGGAGAGAAGCCCUAUCAGUGUACCAUGUGUGUUAAAGCCUUCAGUGGUCGUUUAGCUCUUAAAAAACAUGAGAAGACACACAUGGUCGAGAAACCCCAUGAACCGGUGACCUUCCGGGACGUGGCCGUGGACUUCUCCCCGGAGGAGUGGGGGCGGCUGGGCCCUGCGCAGAGGACGCUGUACCGGGACGUGAUGCUGGAGACCUUCGGGCACCUGCUGUCUGUGGGGCCUGAGCUUCCCAAACCUGAAGUCAUCUCCCAGCUGGAGCGAGGCGCUGAGCUGUGGGUGUUGGAGCGAGGACUCGCCCAGGGCUGCUGUCCAGGUGGGGAUCCCUACGGGGCGCUGCUGGGAAGGAGUGGUGAGCCGGGUCCUCCAGACCAGUGCUCACAGCGAAAGACCAUCGUCCAAGGGCUGUUCUCGGCUCCAAGGAGCCCCUGCACAGGCGCUCCCCCUCCGCCCUCGUCCCAUAAACGAGGGGAUGGCUUUGAGGCCACCCGGAAGCCCUACAAGUGCGCCGACUGCGGGAAGUCCUUCAACCACAACGCGCACCUCACGGUGCACAAGCGGAUCCACACGGGGGAGCGGCCGUACAUGUGCAAGGAGUGCGGCAAGGCCUUCAGCCAGAACUCCUCGCUGGUGCAGCACGAGCGCAUCCACACGGGGGACAAGCCCUACAAGUGCGCCGAGUGCGGCAAGUCCUUCUGCCACAGCACGCACCUCACCGUGCACCGCCGCAUCCACACGGGCGAGAAGCCCUACGCCUGCCAGGACUGCGGCCGCCUUUGCUGCUCAGUGCCCCCUCGGCCUCUGGUGCCGAGUUCUAACUUCCGGCCAGAACAGCAGCAGAGCCGUCGCCUUGCUCCAGGGCCCUUUCUCGGGGUCCGUUCUGCACCCCCUCCCCCCGCCAAGCCAGAAGGUAAAUGA